AUGCGAAAGCGCCUCCAAAAUGCUACUUCCUCCGCCGGCGAGAUGCAGCCGGAAAAGCGAAUCCGCCGGAGCAAAACCAUUUGCUCAUGCAACUCUCCCCGUCCUCCGUUUCUCUCUGCUCAUUCCACUUUCUCCUGCUUACUAUGCAAUUCGGCGUUUAUUAGUCACGAAUUUGAACUCGAUUCGGAUUUUCAUUUAGAUCUGGUUUUUGAACCGUGCUACGGGUUCGAAGAAGACAUUUGGACAGAGAUUGCUAAAUUUCUGGAUGGAAAAUCUCUGGUGAUGCUGGCAGCCACAAGCCGAUGGUUCCAGCGUGUUAUUAUGGAGGACGGUAUAUGGAGGUUCGUGUGCCUGCGUGAUCUUCAGGUCCCACCUCCGGAACGCGUGGCAUUCAGGUGGUGCAAGCUGUACACGUCAGCAUUUGAUGGAAGCCACUCCUACAUGUUCCGUCAAAAAGAGAAACACAUCGAUUGGAUGCGUAUCGGCGCCUUUUCUUUUGAUUCUUCUGUAGCCGUCCUGGCAGAGAGACUGAGUUUUCCGGGGAAGAUAAGGAAAGGAGAAAGCAUUGAAAAGUUGUUGCGGUCUCAAGGUUGUUGUGUGCUAGACAAUGUUAAAUCUGGAGUCUGGAUAGCUGACCUACAGCUAGUAAGAUGCCCGGUUUGUGACCUCAAUACGUGCGACGGAACAAUGCAGACGCUAGAUGCAAGGCACAUAGAACUAUUCCUGUGUGAAGGCUACCGAAGUGGGAGGUGGGAUUACCAGCUUGUAGGAUCUCAUGAUAUAAAAAAACGAGCAGAUGGGGCUGCUGGAUCCAUUUUUGACAUUAAACACCUGGGGGAUUCAUCAACGUCGGCGGUGUUUGAUUACAAGUCUUGGAUUGGAAGAGCAAAUGACUGGCAACCCAAGGCCAUGAUUGCUUUCCAUGCCGUAGCUGUGAAUACUAAUUUACAAGAAAAUGAAGGUCUUCAUGUGAAAUACCAUGCUAUGAGGGAAGGGACCAACGGAGAAGUUGUUUCUAUUAGAAUCUCUCAGCAGCUCCUGUGAUUCAUCUCCAACCUGUCUUUGAGAGGGGCAGGGUUGUUGGGUAGUUAUUUUCUAGCUUUUAAAAUGUCUUCUCGGCAUUAUUAUACAAGUCUACGCUCUAGGACCCGGAAACAAUUAUUCUAUUAUCCAUUAAUUUCCACAUGUAUCUCUGGUUUAAGCAUUGAAAGAUAAUGACAAAUAAUAUUCCCGAAUGGAAUGUCGCAAAUUGGUGAUGACCAAACAUUAUUUUGUAUGGAAGUAUAGAAAGUAUUCUCUAGAUCUUCAUCCAUCUGCUUCCAUAAAACAGAAUGAU